GCGGCGAGUCGCAGAAGCCAGAAGCGCAGCCUUGGGACCUGAAGUCAGUCACUGUUAAUCCCCUUCACACACAAACACACACACACACACACCGCCUCUUAACUCUGAGCAAUGGGACUGUCAUAACCGGAUCGCCAGCAACUCAUUCCCGCGGAGUGUCCUGUCUCUGAGAGGACAGUGAGGCCAGCUUAGCAUUUAGCGAGAUGGGAACUGCGCGACUCCUUCUGCUGUUAGCCGCGGUGUCUCUGUACAAUGCUCAGGAGUUCUGUGAGAGCGAGCAAUAUACCGACGAUGGAAAAUGCUGCUCCGAGUGCCCUCCGGGAGAAGGUGUGGUUACUCCCUGUGGAGCUGAGGAUACAAAAUGUCAGCAAUGCAUGGACAGUGUUGCUUAUUCAGAUGUUUCAAGCCACAUUGAACCAUGCAAACCUUGCACAGAAUGUUUAGGCACAAGAACCAUUGCAAUCCCUUGUAUGGAUAACUUUGAUACAUCCUGCAUUUGCAUGGAUGGCUAUUAUGAGGAUCCUGAUAAUGUGGGUGGAGAGUGCCUUAAGUGUGACCUUUGUGAAGAGGGAUUUGGAGUACUGCAACUGUGUACUGAUAAACAGAAUACGAUCUGUGAGAAAUGCCCUCCGGAAACCUAUUCUGACCAGAAGAGCAGUGCUGACCCUUGUCUCCCGUGCACUCUCUGUGAAGAAAAUGAAGUGCUGAGUUCAGAAUGUACACCUAUCAAAGAUGCCGUAUGUAACACUUAUAAUCCAAGAAUCAUUUCUGCGAAGACAGAUGUAUCUCCGAAAACCAUCACAACAACAGAGAUAAUGACCACCCCGGCUGUGCCAAGCUCUCCUCAGUUUAUUGGGCAAGGAAACACUGACAACAUCAUUCCUGUUUACUGUUCUAUCCUGGCUGCAGUGGUAGUGGGACUAGUGGCCUAUGUGGCUUUCAAACGAUGGAACAGCUGUAAGCAAAACAAGCAGGGAGCCAAUAACAGGACAGUAAACCAGACGCCAUCUCCAGAGGGUGAGAAACUACACAAUGACAGUGGAAUCUCAGUUGACAGUCAGAGCCUACAGGAGCAACAGCAGAAACUACAGCAGCAGCAGCAGCAGCAGCAACAACAGAACCAAGCCGCCCGAGCUGAGCCAAUCCUUUACACUACUCUCCCUCCACACAAGCAGGAGGAGGUAGAGCAGCUGCUGAAUAAUUCUGAGGAGGAUGCUGAAUGGUGUAACCUGGCUGGUUUGCUGGGGUAUAAUGAGGAACAUAUAGACACUUUCAAACAGGAAGAACACCCAGUGCGUGCCCUCCUCUCCGACUGGGCAGCCAAGGACUCUGCCACCACGGACGCACUUUGCACUGCCCUACGGAAACUGAAAAGGGAUGACAUCGUCGAAACCCUCAACAGUGAACCCACAGCCACAUCUGCCGUGUGAGAGUGAAUGAGUCAGCAACAGCCUUAAUUCUCCUGACUGUUCCUUUUGAAAUUGGAAACAAAAGAGUGGAUUUUAUAGAAUGUCUGAAGGAAAAGGGUGUUCAGUCCUAUGCUUAAGAACACCCUUAUGUGCACUGAUGCAUAACUUUCAGUAUUGUCCUGCCUUCUCCCCUCUACAAAGUGACUGUGUGCCGCAGAAGCAGAAAGCGCUUUCAUGUUAUAAUGUCAAAUUUUGUCUUUUCUGUAACCACUAGAGGAAAAAAAAUAAACGCCACGCAUACAUUUUCAAAUGGGCCAAGUUUUAUUAAACCCGAGUGCUAAAUAAGCCAUAUGUGUAAAUGUCAAAGCAUGGACAUUGUAUGUUGUGCUCAGCACUCUUUACUGAACAGAAAAGUAUGUUAUAAGUCUUGUAUAUUGUUAGCAGCCCCCUCCGCAUGUAUCCAAAUAGUGUUUGUGUAACUAAUUCUAGCGUAGUCCAAAUUACUAGAGAUGUUCUGGCUAAGCCUUAGCCGAGUAUGUUUCUGUGUCUUUUCACUGUGAGGUCUCUGAAACUUUAGACGUAUUAAUUUUAUCUGAAAAGGCAAUGCAACAUGACUUUGGAAUUUUUAACAAUAUCUAACUGCUUGUGAUUCCGUAUCAAGAACGGAAAUGGCCAGGACAAUUUUAAUCCCAGUGUUAAUAAGGCACGGGACAUCUUUGCAAUAUAGUUCAAUUGUGAAGAGAAAUGAUAAUAAUCAAAACUACUAGAGUUGGGGGACCCAACUUGAUGGCUAGAGAGGACAAUGUGAUUUUAUUAUUACAAAAUUGGCCCACUCAUUCCUUGAAACCUUUCGGCUGUUUCUACAAAAGGUAGAACUGAAACAGAUGGGAAUAUUUUUUUCAUUCCAAGGUCAGAUACAAUGUUAAUUUCUAAGUAAUUUGUAUUUUCUGAAUAUGAAUCUGUAAUUAAAAUUUCUGAAAGAUUUAAGUAGGUUUAGCACUUGACAGAAUUAGUGACUGUUCCUGAUUCUAGGCCGAUAGAAGGCUCAUGACCAACAUCGCUUUUCAUUAAGGAACAAUGUUUACUUUUGUGUUGUUAUUUUAAGGUAGUUGAGAAAUGCCGGUGUGGCUAUCCCUGUGAGUGUGUAAGCUAUUGUGCAUCACUUAAAUAUUAAUAAGUGGCUUCGUCACUUUUGCCAAUGCACCGUUUUAAUAUUCAAACCAUAUAUAGCUGUAAAAUGUGAGUCCUGUGACCAAAAGUGGAUUUUAUUAGUAUUUGGGUGUACUUGGACAUUAGUAUUCAGAAUCAAGCUCACAGGGCUUUCAUUGUAAAUUCAGUGCCUAAUGGAGACCCAAGUCUUCAUGGAGAUAUCCUUUGAAAUAAGGAAACCAACUACUCUCGUUAGUUUGUGUAACUUCAGUCUCCUAGUCAAAGUGCCCCCUGACAUGACCUAAAGGCCAUUCAGUUGUAUUAGAAAUCUUCUCAGGGCAACUAAGGAUAGGCAGGAAAUGUUGGGCUUAGAGAUGAUGUCCCCAUCUUGAGAGAUUUUGAAUCUGUGAUGCAUCUAGGUUGGAGGAGAACUUUUCAAUCUAUACUUGUGUUGAGAGCGUUGGACUCUUUCACUGGCUGGACAUUCGUCUUUGGUUAUACUUGGGAAAGCCACAUGUGGCAGGAUGUAAAGCUAUAGCUGAGAGACACCAUUAAGCUACCAGAUUCUUGUAGAAGAAUCCUAAAAGCGAAAAGUGUGUACAGAUGUCAGGGAACCAAAUGCAGGUUAAAAGGUGUUAAUGUCGACUGCUAAAAAGAGCUGCACCUUUUCUGGAAACAUUCUUCAUUUCUGCAAAUUAGUUGUUAAAUAUUUCAUGCCAAGUCUCCAUUGCCAUGUUAAAAAAAUGUAUGAUUUUCUUUAGAUUGCUGAAUGUCAAAUCUUUUACUAAUUAAUAAA